AUGUACUGUCCCCCUUGCCUUCAAUAUGUACUGUCCUCCUGGCCUUCAAUAUGUACUGUCCCCCUUGCCUUCAAUAUGUACUGUCCUCCUUGCCUUCAAUAUGUACUGCCCCCCUUGCCUUCAAUAUGUACUGUUCCCCUUGCCUUCAAUAUGUACUGUUCCCCUUGCCUUCAAUAUGUACUGUCCCCCUUGCCUUCAAUAUGUACUGUCCCCCUUGCCUUCAAUAUGUACUGUCCUCCUUGCCUUCAAUAUGUACUGUCCCCCUUGCCUUCAAUAUGUACUGUCCCCCUUGCCUUCAAUAUGUACUGUCCUCCUUACCUUCAAUAUCUGUCCCCUUGCCUUCAAUAUGUACUGUCCCCUUGCCUUCAAUAUCUACUGUCCUCCUUACCUUCAAUAUGUACUGUCCCCCUUGCCUUCAAUAUGUACUGUCCUCCUUGCCUUCAAUAUGUACUGUCCCCCUUGCCUUCAAUAUGUACUGUCCUCCUUACCUUCAAUAUGUACUGUCCCCCUUGCCUUCAAUAUGUACUGUCCUCCUUGCCUUCAAUAUGUACUGUCCUCCUUGCCUUCAAUAUGUACUGA